UUAUUAGCGUAUACCACACAACACAUUAUCUCAAUUCCCUUAUAUUUACCACCACCACCAUUCCCAAAUAUCAAAACCCUAAUCUUCGAAGUAAUCGUCUCUUCCCGAACCCUAGUUUCUCCGAGUUUCAGGAACAAUGAGUAGUCGUGCGAGUAGAACUCUUUAUGUUGGCAAUCUCCCUGGUGACAUUCGAGAGAGAGAAGUAGAAGACCUGUUUUAUAAGUAUGGGCCUAUAGCUCACAUUGAUCUGAAAAUCCCCCCUAGACCCCCUGGCUAUGCAUUUGUUGAGUUUGAAGAGUCUCGUGAUGCUGAAGAUGCUAUUCGAGGUCGUGAUGGUUAUGAUUUUGAUGGGCACCGAUUGCGGGUGGAACUGGCACAUGGUGGGCGUGGACAUUCAUCAUCAAUAGAUCGGCAUAGUCAUAGCAGUGGUCGAGGUGGCCGGGGUGGAGCAUCUAGGCGCUCUGAAUACCGUGUGUUAGUCACUGGAUUACCCUCUUCUGCUUCGUGGCAAGACUUAAAGGAUCACAUGCGCCGUGCAGGGGAUGUUUGUUUCUCUCAAGUUUUCCAUGAUGGUGGUGGUACAGUGGGGAUUGUGGAUUACACAAACUACGAUGACAUGAAAUUUGCAAUCAGGAAACUUGAUGAUUCUGAGUUUCGGAAUGCAUUUAGUCGGGCAUAUGUUCGAGUGAAGGAAUAUGAUUCGAGCCGGAGCUUUUCUAGGAGUCGCAGUCGAUCCUACUCAAGGGGCAAGAGCGCUAGUCGCAGCCGCAGCCGAAGCUAUAGUCGCAGCAGGAGCCAGAGCAAGUCUCCAAAGGCCAAAUCCUCCCGUCGAUCACGUUCUAGGUCUGUUUCUUCACGUUCUCACUCUGGGUCAAAGCCACGCUCUUUGUCAGGAUAUGGAUAUAUGCAGCGAUCUGGGAUUGCAUAUUAGGAUCUUGAUGGGAUAUGAUUCAAAUGCCUGCAACUCUUUUGGUUGUGGAGGUAUGCUGUUUUCUGGAUGAGCAGCUUUAUAACCUUCAUGGUGUCUCUAUUCUAAUACAACAAGUAUCACAUGUCCAUUCUAAUACAUUAAGCAUCACAUGUCCAUGGGUGCUAGAUUGGGAACAAAGGAGAUCAUGGAUUGCGAUAGUAAAGCUGGAUUACUGUGAACUAAGUGCCAUUGGGAUUUGGGAAUCCACCUUCAAUGAGCGGUAGAACAGUUUCAUUGUCAUUUUCUUCUCCAGCAUUUGCAAGCUAAUAGGACAUGCUAUGUGGGAUCUCUGGAUUUUUGUAUUACAAGGGGAAGCAUGCUCCUAUCCUGCCCUCUGGUGUCUUAAGAAACAUAUUGUGAUGUUUUUACAAAGUUUCUUUUUGUUCAGUUAAUUAUUUUACAUAUUUAGGUAGGAAUUAUAUAACUCGGGCCUGAUACUUUUCUCUGUUGAACUUCUAAAGAUUUAUGGCCAUUUCUUUUAUCCCUUUUGAAUAUGGUAACUCUGACGUGGAAGAGGCAUCAAGGCUCUUGGAUCAAA